AUGUUCAUCGAGAGCUUCAAGGUAGAGAGCCCGAACGUGAAAUACACAGAGAAUGAGAUUCAUUCGGUGUACGACUACGAAACAACAGAGGUCGUUCAUGAGAACCGUAACGGAUCAUAUCAAUGGAUUGUGAAGCCCAAAACUGUCAAAUACGAUUUCAAAACAGACACUCGUGUCCCCAAAUUAGGGGUUAUGCUUGUUGGUUGGGGAGGAAACAAUGGAUCAACUUUAACCGCUGGUGUGAUUGCUAACAAAGAAGGAAUCUCGUGGGCGACUAAAGACAAAGUGCAACAAGCAAAUUACUUUGGAUCACUAACGCAAGCAUCUUCAAUUCGUGUCGGAUCUUACAAUGGCGAAGAGAUCUACGCUCCUUUCAAGAGUCUUCUCCCAAUGGUGAAUCCUGACGAUGUUGUGUUCGGUGGUUGGGACAUUAGUGACAUGAACUUAGCAGACGCCAUGGCUAGAGCCAGAGUCCUUGACAUUGAUCUUCAGAAACAGCUCAGACCUUACAUGGAGCACAUGGUCCCACUCCCUGGAAUCUACAAUCCUGAUUUCAUCGCUGCGAAUCAAGGCUCACGUGCCAAUAGCGUGAUCAAAGGUACCAAGAAAGAACAAGUCGACCACAUCAUCAAAGACAUGAGGGAGUUUAAGGAGAAGAACAAAGUGGAUAAGUUGGUUGUUCUAUGGACAGCGAACACAGAGCGUUACAGCGAUGUGGUUGUGGGGCUUAACGACACGAUGGAGAAUCUAAUGGCUUCUGUUGAGAAGGAUGAGGCUGAGAUCUCGCCUUCUACGCUUUACGCUAUUGCUUGUGUUCUUGAAGGCGUUCCUUUCAUCAAUGGGAGUCCUCAGAAUACUUUUGUCCCGGGGCUUAUCGAGUUGGCGAUAUCGAAGAAUUGUUUGAUCGGUGGGGAUGAUUUCAAGAGUGGUCAGACUAAGAUGAAGUCUGUUUUGGUUGAUUUCCUUGUUGGAGCUGGUAUCAAGCCUACUUCAAUUGUGAGCUAUAACCAUUUGGGAAACAAUGAUGGCAUGAACCUCUCGGCGCCGCAGACUUUCCGGUCUAAGGAGAUUUCGAAGAGUAAUGUUGUAGAUGACAUGGUGGCGAGUAAUGGCAUCCUCUUUGAGCCCGGUGAACAUCCUGACCAUGUGGUUGUCAUCAAGUAUGUGCCGUAUGUUGCGGAUAGUAAAAGAGCGAUGGAUGAGUAUACGUCUGAGAUCUUCAUGGGAGGGAAGAACACAAUUGUUAUGCAUAACACUUGUGAGGAUUCUCUCCUUGCUGCUCCAAUCAUCUUAGAUCUUGUUCUGCUCGCUGAGCUCAGCACCAGAAUCCAGUUCAAAGCCGAAGGAGAGGGAAAGUUUCACUCUUUCCACCCAGUAGCUACCAUACUGAGUUACCUCACAAAGGCACCUCUUGUUCCACCUGGAACACCGGUGGUGAACGCUCUUUCGAAGCAGCGGGCGAUGCUGGAGAACAUUCUUAGGGCUUGUGUUGGCCUUGCUCCAGAGAAUAACAUGAUCAUGGAGUACAAGUGA